AUGAGCCAAACGAUUCGCGCCCGCAUCAGGGUGGCCCCGAUGCUACUGCUUGAUCCUUACGCGGCUGUAACCCGCGUCCUUCUGCGCUCGACGACAAACCAGGCUGCCUGUAGCGACAGCGACUGGUCUCGCUGUGCAUCGGCAUUACAGACAUUGCGUAACGCCCAAAUUACCAGCCCCGAGCAUGCGGGCAACCUGUUAUCCUUGGGGUUGAGUUUGGUGACAUUCCACCGUCUCAUCUCAAGCAUUUCGGGGAGCACCAUUUGCCGAUUCACACUCUCACUGGUACGCCCGCUCUAUUAUUCCCAACACUUACCGGAAUCGGACAUGGGAGAAUUGCUCUGUCUGGUCUUCCUUGAUGUCACGGAGUCUCUUUUUCGAGCGAGGAUCCCCGUUAUCGAGUAUCGUGUGCGUGAUCCAUACCUUGUCAACCACCAUGCGGGCCUGUGUGGAUCUCUCCUACCCCUUCUCUAUCGUGUUUGUCUUCUAAGGGUCGCCAUCAGGAAGGGAUCUGACGUACCUAUCCCUCCUGAUCAGUUCGAUACCCUUCGUGCGGAGAUCAUUGCAUGGGCUCCCAGUGUGUCAGUUACGACCAUUGAGCGCUUCUCGGAGCAGGAGAUGGUACUCCUUCUUACGCAGGCUAGUCUCCAUCGCAAUGCGACGCUUCUUAUCUUGCACAGGCUACGAUUCCCCUUUGGAGAGCGAGAUGAUGAUGCCGAGCUCCUUUCCCGCUCAAUCAUAAGGGAGAUGCAGCAUUGUCUAGCGAUGGCGAAACAAUAUCCUCCAAAUAUAUCAUUGGUCCUACUUCUGGCUGGAGCUGAGAUUCAGGGCUCUUUUGGCCGGGAAAACAUCCUGUCGUUAUUGCAGAACAUCAACGGCGCAAGCUUCUACCCCUUCGUGGCGAAUCUUCGGCAAUUCCUAACCCGUGUCUGGACCAGCCGAGACGAAGGAACCGUGCAGUAUCUGUUCGACCUAUUUGAUACGGAUGAUAACCUCAGUAUCCCUCUGUGA